AUGUCAGAUUCAAUAGAGAAAGAAGAGUCCAGAGCGAUUUAUGAUGUAAGGCUGGGAGAGUUGCGCAACAUCUUACAUAGCUCGGCAUUCCACGAGGUAACCGACUUGGAAAAGCUUGCCCUUAGUAAUGAAAAGGAGGCUUCAAAAAUACUUUCCGAGGCACAAGCUAACUUGGAAUUUUCAGCAGGUACCGGUUAUGCUUCUGAAUUGAGAAGAGGCUUCAGUUUUCUAUCUAUUUUGGGUAUUGGUUUUGGUUUGACAAACUCAUGGUUGGGUAUUAGUGCCUCAUUGUUGGUGAGUAUCAGUUCAGGGGGGCCAAUGAUGGUUAUCUAUGGGGUCAUUAUUCUUGCGUCUAUCUCAUUAUGUAUUGGUGCCACAUUGAGUGAGAUGGCAUCAGCCAUGCCCAAUGCUGCUGGACAAAUUUAUUGGGCAAUGAAGUUGGCGCCAGAAAAGUAUUCAAGAUUGUUUGCCUAUGUGACCGGUAUAUUUGGAUGGUUGGGUGCUUUAUUGACUGGUGCUAGUGUGACUAUGGCCAUAGCGACAUCGUUUGUGGGGAUUUAUGUUUUAUACCAUCCUGACGUUUCAGUGCAAAGAUGGCACAUCUUUUUGCUUUACGAAUUGUUGAAUCUUCUUAUAUUGACAUUUAACAUUUACGAAAAACCACUACCAAGCAUUUCCAAAGCUAGUUUGUUUACUUCGGUGUCAUCGUGUAUUAUAAUCAUGAUUGUAGUGUUGUCCAUGCAUAAGGGUGAAUGGCAAACCGCUGAGUUUGUAUUUGUUGACUUUAAUAACAAUACCGGGUGGAGUUCUGGGGGAAUUGCAUUUAUUGUUGGUUUGAUUAACCCGAAUUGGAGUUUUUCAUGCUUGGAUGCCGCUGCUCAUAUUGCCGAAGAGUCAUUGAACCCGGCAGUUCAAGUUCCUCAAGCCAUUUUCACGACUAUCGUUGUUGGGUUUUUCAGUGCCAUGGCUUAUUCAAUCGCCAUCUUUUUCAGUAUUAGGAACCUCGAUGAUGUGUUGGCUUCAAACACUGGUGUCCCUAUUAUGGAUAUUUUCUACCAAUCCACUGAAUCUAAAGCAGUUGCCGUUGGUUUGGAGAUGUGUAUCGUGAUGACUUUGAUUGGAUGUAAUAUCGCAUGUCAUACCUGGGCUGCUCGUGUCAGCUGGAGUUUUUCGAGAGAUAAUGGAUUCCCAUUAUCAAAGUAUUGGUCAAGGGUUAAUUCGAAUACAGGUGCCCCAGUUAAUGCUCAUCUCAUGUCCUGUGGUGUUGUUGCUGUCGUUGGGUUUAUCUUUUUAGCUUCGACAACGGCGUUCAAUGCUGUUAUUGUUUGCUGCGUCACCUUUUUGUUGUUGUCAUACUUACCAGCCACAUUCUGUCUCAUUUACAGAAGAAAUACCAUUAAGCCAGGCCCCUUCUGGUUGAACAAGUUGGGGUUAUUUUGCAACAUUGUUUUGAUUUGUUAUGCAAUCUUUGCUUUUGUGUUUUUCAAUUUCCCAUUUGUCAUGCCCGUUACCGGUGGUAAUAUGAAUUAUUCCUCUGUGGUGUUUGCAAUUGUGUUUAUCUUUUGUGUGGUUGAUUGGCUUGUUAGAGGUAGAAAGGAAUACAUUGGUAUGCAAGAGAGAGAACAAAUGAGAGAGGAAUAUGCAAAGAAGUUGACUACGCAAAUUUCCCACAUUGAAGCUGUUGUCUCACAAUCUGAGGCUUAG